AUGGAGAAAGGAAGCGAGCGCUACCUAGCGCCAAACUGCACCCCUAGGGGGCGGCUGACGGGCCCCGCCCAGCAGCAUGCCCAGGACCUGCUGAAAAACAAGUACCGGGACUGGGAGCUGCUGCUGCGGGAGUGUGACAAGCAGAGCCAGAAGCGGCUGCGUGGGACGGGCACCACGGCCUGUGUCUCUCCCGUGCAGGUCAUUCAGAAGUACAUGUCGGGGGGCAUGUGUGGGUACGACCGGGACGGCUGCCCCGUGUGGUACGAGAUUAUCGGGCCCCUCGACGCCAAGGGCCUCCUCUUGUCGGCCUCCAAACAGGACCUGCUGAAAAACAAGUACCGGGACUGCGAGAUGCUGCUGCGGGAGUGUGACAAGCAGAGCCAGAAGGGCGUGGGGGAGCGAGGUCCCGGCCCCGGCCCCACUGACGCUCUGACUCCACAGCUCCUGUCCAUGUUUGAGGAGAACUACCCCGAGACCCUGAAGCACCUGUUUGUAAUUAAAGCUCCCAAGCUCUUCCCUGUGGCCUACAACCUCAUCAAGCACUUCCUGAGUGAAGACACCCGCAAGAAGAUUGUUGUCCUGGGGGGUGAGUGGGCCCUGCCCUCUGUCCCUGCACGGGUCUGUGCCCCCGCCAGCGGGGCUCUGCGCGCGGCCCCAUCCCUCCGGCUACCGAAAUGCUGCCCGCGUGGGCCACGGCCAGUCCUGCAGCGCGGCCCAGGGGUGCUGCGAACGAUGAACCCGGGCCAGCAGGGCUCCCGGCCGGGCACCGCGGACCCGCUGGGCGAAGUGGGGCAGCCCCACGGUACCCGGAGAGAGGAAGGGGGGCUCAUGAGCCCGUUGCCCGGAAAGGUGAAUGGUUGGGUAGGGGGCGCCUUCAUGCGGGGACCUGGGCGCUCCCUGCGCCACUUGCCUUGUUCUCCCAACACAACCUG